AGUUUUUAUUUACUCCAUUAAACCGGAACCGGUGCCGGUUUGUUUUGCUGCUUCAUUCUGAAAUUGUUGAUUUGUAAAUUGUCACUAUGGAAUGCCUUAUUGGAAUUCAGGGAAAAGACUUUGUCCUUGUUGCGUGCGAUACUGUCUCAGCACGGAGCAUAGUUUCAAUGAAACAAGAUCUCGAUAAAAUGCACAAGUUAAAUGACAAUCUUCUGAUGCUGGUGGUGGGAGAGUCUGGCGACACAGUCCAGUUUGCAGAGUACAUGAGUAAAAACAUUCAGCUCUACAAAAUGAGAAAUGGGUAUGAGUUAUCCCCACAUGCAGCUGCAAACUUCACUAGAAAAAACCUUGCAGACUACCUCCGUAGCUCUACCCCCUACAUGGUGAAUCUGUUGUUAGCUGGAUAUGACAAAGACGAGGGGCCAGCCCUUUAUUUCAUGGACUACCUUGCCUCGUUAAACAAAGUCCCGUUCGGAGCUCAUGGUUACGGAUCAUUCUUCACUGUCAGUAUACUGGACAGACAUUAUCGCGAAGAUAUUACCUUAGAUGAGGCACAGAAACUUUUAGCUAAGUGUGUUAAUGAGAUCAAGCAAAGGUUUAUUGUAAACAUGCCCACAUUCAAGGUCAGAUGUAUCACGAAGGACGGGAUCCAAGAUCUGCCCAACAUAGUGGCCACUGGACCUCCAGCAUAGUGAUGCAUUCUGGGAAAGCACUAGGGGGAUAGUUCAGAUUGAUUCAACUAGUUUCUUGUGUUAUGAAUGUGGUUGUUUGAGAAGGAUUUAAUUAUGGAGGUUUCUACAUUCAAAUGAUUUUUACUAUGAACACGUAAAUAAUCAGCUGCAAUUUACUGUUUUCUGAUGUCAUUAAGGCUUAUAAGGUUGUUGUUAAUCAGUUUGAAAUAGAUUUAAUUAUUGAGUUAUUCACAUUGAAAAGGUCAUUCACUCUGAGCACAUAACUAAUACAUUGAAAAUUAUCAUCAUCUUGACUUGUUGGGAAAAUGUGUAAUCAUAUGGACCAUUUGGAUAAUUUAGUGAAGGCUAACUUUACCAUUAAACAAGAAUAUCAACAACAGGGCAUGCAAGAUGUAUGACAAAAGUGUUUCAUUUUGGCAACAAUGAAAGUCAUUUGUUGUCUGCUAUGUAAUUGUACAUGCAUUGAUAAGUGCUACCAAUAUCAACCAACAUGUUUCAUGUUUUCAUUGUUUAAUAAACAAUAAACUCAUUUGAACAAUG